AUUUGUUUCCGUAUUUCUUCCAGGAGUGGAUCUCUAAGACAAGUAGGGAUGUCAUAGAGUUGAUUGGAAAGUCAAGUUCAGUGGGUGAUACCUGCAGGAUCCCUUCCUCCCAUUCGUGAUGUAUCUGAUUCGAAUGGCAGGCUAUGGCACCCACCACAGAGAUGUGAAGUCGUGGAUAAUCGCCCUUCUCACCGCCCUGUCCCUGAUGAUGGCGGUAGUAACCAUUGGACUUCUGGCUCACUUCCUUGUCUUUGGCCAGAAAAUGCAAUGUUGUCAAGGGACCUUUACCAUUUCAGAUAUUCAAGUCAAUAGCAACUCAGGACGAAGGAGCUCAAAUCAACUGAACAACUUACAGGACAUGAAUGAAAAUUUGGUAGAUGAAAUAUUUAUAGAUUCAGCCCUGAACAAGCGCUACGUCAAAAACCACAUAGUCGGACUAACACCAGAAGAGGAUGAUACAAAAGCAGACAUUGUUAUGGUGUUUCAGCCUCCUUCUACAGAGCAAAGGACCAUAGGAAAAGAGAAGACGCAUAGCAUCUUAAACCAGAAGACAAGGAACGCAAGAGCUUUGCCAGCCGAUGUCUCUGUGGUUCAAGUUAAUGAUUGCGGCAAGCGAGCCAUCCCAUUAAUUGCCAACAGAAUAGUGUCUGGAAACCCUGCAGCCAAGGGUGCCUGGCCUUGGCAAGUUUCCCUUCAACGCAACAACAUCCACCAGUGUGGGGGCACACUGAUUGGUAACAUGUGGGUCGUCACUGCAGCGCACUGCUUUAGAACCAAUGCAAACCCUCGCCAAUGGACUCUUAGCUUUGGAACAACAAUAAAUCCUCCCUUAAUGAAAAGAGAAGUCAGAAGAAUUAUUAUGCAUGAGAAGUAUCGCCCUCCAGCCAGAGACCACGACAUCGCUCUUGUGCAGUUUUCUCCCAGAGUCACCUUUUCAGAUGAAGUACGCCGAAUUUGUUUGCCAGAACCCUCUGCCUCGUUCCCACCAAAUUCAACUGUCUACAUCACAGGAUUCGGAGCACUUUACUAUGGUGGGGAGUCCCAAAAUGAGCUCCGUGAAGCCAGAGUACAAAUCAUAAGCAACGACGUGUGCAAGCAGCGACAUGUGUACGGCAAUGAAAUAAAACGCGGGAUGUUCUGUGCUGGAUUUCUGGAAGGAAUUUACGAUGCCUGCAGGGGUGAUUCUGGGGGCCCAUUGGUUGUAAGAGACGACAAAGAUACCUGGUAUCUCAUUGGAAUUGUGAGCUGGGGAGACAACUGUGGUCAAAAGAACAAGCCUGGGGUGUACACUCAAGUGACUUAUUACCGACGCUGGAUUGCUUCAAAAACGGGUCUCUAACUCGCCAUGGAUAAACUCGCUAAAGAAAACAGUAGCAUGAUGGUCAUAUGUAUAUAAGAAUUCAGACAUUCAUUUGGUGGCCUUGGUACAAUGAAGUAAGAUUAAAGAGCUGGACCUAGCAACACGAAACACAUGAUCUAUUUCAGAAUCACAUAUCUGUGAAGGGAUGGGUUGAUUUAUCAUCGAAAAAUGCAGUAAAAAUAUUCACCUCCUUAAACCAAGCUAACUAGAGUAUACGCAAGAUGCAUUAUGUCGUUUUGCAGACAGCCAGGGAGAAUUUUAGAGUAUGUUUCUCCUGGGUUCCCUUCAAGAGAAAAAUAUUUUGAAUCUUCAGGAACCUCCAGGUGCUCAUACAAGUCCCUAUGACUUACCCGAAAUUCACAAACAUCUUUUUUGUCUUCUUCACAUUCCUUCUAGAUUUUCCUAAGUUUUUCCAUCACGGGAAAUAAGUUUGUUACCUCUAUAUGUGUAUCAGGGAACUUAGAAGAGAAGACUAAUCAAAAUUCUGUGGCAAAAUAGAGCAAAGUUACUUUAAACUUUGCUGGGAAUUUUUCUGUUUUUUUUUUUCCUAUGACUUUCUAGAAACACAAGCGUGUAAACAACACUCAUAUCACCAUACUGAUUGCAUAGAUGUGCGUAAGAUAAAUAUUGAUCGAUGUUUUAUAUAAGGGAAUUACUUAAUGUAUAAUUUUUAUCCUGAAAAGUUGAGAGGGAAUGAUGACUUUGUGAGCUGUCCCAGCACAGGUGUACAAGAAUUUGACAUUUUGAAUGUGCACUGACAGAUUUUGGUCACCAGGGGGAGAUUUUUGUCCAGCAUUAUCUUAGGGUCAAAAGAUUGAAAACAAUAGGGAAUUUGUUAACACGUAGAAAAACAUUUGUUUCUCCUCACAGAAAGGAAAUUCUGUUGCCUUUAUUUCUACCAUCAAGUUUCCCCCAAGGCUCAUAUUUUGGUUAUUACAAUCACAGGACCAUACAAUAUGAGAUGCGUGGAUUUGCAGAUUAAGGUGUGUAAACAGCUUGACAAAGCUGUUUUCAGUUUUCAUCCUUUGUUGUCAAAGUCAUGUGUCCCCUUUCCUUACAAAGUUUGUUUAUGGCCACUGUGUUUAUUGAAGGAGAGUACCUAUGACAUUUCUCACUAAGUGCUAUGGGAUCAGUUUUUAAACUAGGAGGCUAUUACUACGACUACUCACUUCAAAGCAAGGUUCUUUCUUCCUAUAUGUAAAUAUCCAUUGUCACAUAAAUUUUCUGAAUUGUGGUGGUUAAAUGUGAUUGUGUUUCUAAUGCUAAGACUCAGUCUGGUCUUAGAGUUGUCAAUAAUGUCCUCCAAACUGUCUUCUGCAGCAUUCCAUUCAGGGUUGUAUGGGAACAAAUACUGUUUUAUCGUUUUAAAUCUAAUAAAGUUGGUGAUCGGAGCAUUCCA